CGAAGUUUCCGGUUCCGGUUUUGCGGGAAACGAAAAUGUCAAUAAAUAUUUUACAUUUUUGUAUUUUGCCCCUGUAAUGAAAUGAAAUUGAACAGAUACCAUUACAAAGCAGCAUCGAUAUGUUUUUUAUUUGUUACUGUCGUUAUAUAUGCCCUGCAUAACUUAUUCAACUGGGAGAGCGACCAUGAAAACAUAGAAAGAUUGAUUCCGCUUUUGAAAGCAGAUUUGAAACGUACGACAGAGCAUCCCGUGGUUGUUGCUUUCCAGAAGAAAAACAGUGAGCAAGAUGUUGGAUUGACACUGAUCAAUUAUGGGGAGAUUUUUCUGAAACCUGACUAUUUAUAUCCUGACAUUGAGGAAAUAUUCUUCAGGUACCUUGAAAAGAAGGAUGUGAUAUGUGGUAAUGAUGUAAGGCUUGGCAGUCAGCACGAUGGUGGGUGGAAUGUAUGUAUGUCACCACCCUUCAGACUGAAGAAACCUUGCCUAGUGUACUCCUUUGGUAUCGGAAGUGACUGGCGUUUUGAAGAUGAUGUUUAUGACUAUUACAAAUGUAGAGUUCUGGCCUUUGACCCAAGUAUUGGCAAGAAAGAACAUAACAGAACGGAUCUCAUUCUGUUCAAACCGUACGGUUUAGGAGCGGUAACAGAUCGUUUGUCUAAUGGUUGGCGGAUGAAGAGUUUCAGGCAACACAUUACCGAUGAAGGCCAUUUAAAAAAGGUAAUCGACUACCUUAAAUUUGAUAUAGAAUAUUUGGAGUGGGAAGUCAUUAAAAGCCUGACUAAGGACAAUAUUCUACAGCAUGUGAAACAACUUGCUUUCGAGAUCCAUCUACUUCCUGUUCCGAUAACAAAAGAGAAUGACCGAACUUUAACGAAAAAAGAAUUUGUUGAAAAGUUUGAGAUACUGAAAGCACUGGAGGGAAUUGGAUUCAAGAAAUUCAACUACAGGUUAAACCCGUUUUGUGGUUAUACGUCUACAAUAACUGGAACGGUCCGUUCUAAGUGUUACGAGUUACAUUACAUGAAUAUGGAUUUUGUCGAUACGGAACAUUUAGAGAAAAAAGAUGCACCAUCAGUGUCAAGAUCCAAAAAAUCGCUUUGAUAAUGAACAAUUUAGACUUUCAAGGUCCCCAGAAAGUAGUGCCUUUCUGAAGAACAUUAAUUUAUAGAUUUAUAUCGAGAUCUGAAAAAGCACUUUGAAAGACAUUUUAGAUGUUCAGUGUCCGAAAAUGAUGCUGAAGAACAACAUAUAUUUUCAGGAUUCUGAAAAAAUGCUUUGAUAAAGAGCAUGUUAGAUUUUCAAAGACCUCACCCUGCAAAAAAUAAAAAAGCAUCGAUUAAGAACAUAGAAAAUCAAUAUACUAAAAAAGCAAUUUGAUAAAGAGCAUUUUAGAUUUUCAAGGUCCCAAGAAAGUGUGCUGAAAAAAACAUUGUAGUACUAAAAAGCAAUUUGAUAAAGAGCAUUUUAGAUUUUCAAGGUCCUAAGAAAGUGCGCUGAAAAAAAAGACAUUGUAGAUUUUCAAAAUCUUUAAAGGUGGCAAGCUUAGUUUGGAAAGAGAUGUCUUUUUUUUAGCACAGUUGAAGCUUAAUUUAUAUUCCGUGUUAUUGUAAACCUUGCAGAGGACGCUUGGGCAUGUCAGUUUUAUAAGAGAUAAAUCUGUUAGUUAAUACCAUUUAACAAGUGUUCAAAGUAUUUUAUAGAAUUACGUCUUCUCCAGGGAUUCAUGUAAAUGAAUUUAAAUUAACGGCUUUAAAAUUAGCAAUUAUGUACUUCGGAUGGGAAAUCAAAGGCAUAAAAUUCUGAAUGGGUAGAUAAUUGAUGACUAAUUUUCGUGGAUUUCGUGGCUGAGUCAAUCCACGAAAUUUAGUCCCAACGAACAAGUAAAAUUCCAAUUCAUUUUAUGUUAAAAAAUUGAAGUCCACGAAUUCAUAUCCCAACGAAAUUUUCCUUUUGACCAAAACCACGAAAUUGCAUGCCCACGAAAUUAAAUGAUUUUACAGUAUCUUGAUUACAAGAAACAGAAAGUUUUUUAUCGCCAGUCCAAAAUCUGACAGAUUUUGAAAGAGUGAAGUAUUUAUUGUAGCCUUGCAUUUUGAAAUGAUAUAUAUGGGCAUGAUGAAUUUUGUG